GUUAUUACAUGGGAUGCCUUAGUGUCUAUUUUUAAACUUUAUGUAAAGGUUCUGAUGGUAAGAACCUUUAAAUUAAACAUGCAUCGUGGAAGCAAACCUUUAUCUCUCUGUUAAACUUUCCUAUACGGCCAUUCCUUCCUCAUGAUGCUUCUACAAAAUGAGGACCGUGCUGAAGAUAUACUUCAGAGAGUUAAAGAGAUCUGGAUGGGUAACACAGCUCUACUGGCUACGACGACUUCCCUUGUAUUUCUGCUUUUGUGUUGGAUAAUCAGAGACAGUAUUAAAAUCAAAAAUGUCCAUGAAAAGUAUGUUCUCAUCACUGGAUGUGAUACUGGAUUUGGAAAUCUGUUGGCACAAAGGCUACAUCGAAAGGGUUUUGGUGUUAUUGCUGCCUGCUUUACUGAAAAAGGGUGCCAAGAGUUGAUAGCUUGUACGUCCCCAUCAAUGAAAACUGUGAUAUUAAAUGUAACUAAUCCAAAGAGCAUUGAUGAAGCAGUGCAAUUUGUUGCAGCAGAAACAGGCAGCAAAGGGCUAUAUGGCUUGGUUAAUAAUGCUGGAAGGGCCACACCCAUUGGACCUACUGAUUGGUUGGAUAUGGAAGACUUCCACCGAGUUCUUGAUGUCAACCUCAUUGGACUCAUUGAAGUCACUUUAAAAUUUCUGCCCCUUUUGAAAAAAGCCAAGGGCAGAGUAGUCAAUGUGGCAAGUGUAAUGGGAAGACUAGCAUUUGGAGGAGGUGGAUAUUCUCUAUCAAAAUGGGGCGUUGAAUCUUUCUCAGACAGUUUAAGGAGAGAUAUGCAGCAUUUUGGGGUGAGAGUGAGCAUUAUUGAACCUGGUUUCUUUAAAACUGGAGUAACAAACCUUGAAGUAAUCGAGAAAGAUUUAAAUCGACUUUGGAAUCGUUUAACGCCAGAUGUUAAAACUGCGUAUGGGGAGAAAUACUUUGACAAUUAUUUAAAAGUGCAGAAGUUAUCUAUGAACACAUUCUGUGAUGCAGACAUCUCUAAGGUUACAAACUGUAUGGAACACGCCUUGACUGCAAGGUUCCCCAGAACAAGAUAUGGGGCAGGAUGGGACGCCAAGUUUUUUUGGCUUCCGCUGUCUUAUGCUCCUGCUGCUGUAGCCGACAUCAUGCUUAAACUUCUACUCCCAAGACCCACUGGCAUAAAAAAGUCACUAGCAAAAAAUCAAAUUGACGUGUGAUUUGUUCUAUACAUUUUUCAUCAGUGUUUUGUUAUUAACGUUAGGCUCCUCAUGUAUAAUGAAACCGUGUUUUGAGCUCUAUGAAAUUAUUCUGUUUUUUAAUAUCAAAUACUGUAUAAUGGAAGGAGGCCCAGCCCCUGAACAUAAAAAUGUUCAAGUUCAGCAUCCUAAAAGCCUGUUUUUAAAUAAGUUAUUUUAAAAUAAUUUUUAAAAACUCAACCAGCCCUAUUAGUCUUUAUAAGCUGUAACCUGUCUGUGAUUUUUUUCCUCAUAUCUAUGUUUAUAUUGUAUAUAUUACGGAUCGUUCCAUAAUUUGGAUCUUCAUACAUUAAGACGGUUAUUUAUUAAAUUUGAAUGUAUCUCAUAAUUGAAAUAAAAAAAACCAUGACCAAACUCCCAUCCCUGAUUUUGCCAUAUUUAUUAAUAAAAAUCUGGUAAAAACACAAA